AUGCUUGAACGUAUGAUAUCUUGCACGGAAUUAGAAGCUUCUCAAGUUUUGGGUAAAAAAUUUUGUAUGCAACGAAACGAAAAAUUUGAAACAGAAAUGAGGACCAAACUUCUUUUCCAACACCAUGAAAUGAUUUCACGAAAAAGUGAUAAAUUUGCUUCGAUACCAGCUGUAUGGGAUAAGUUUAUUCGAAAUAGUCAGAGUUGCUACAAACUAGGUGCAAAUAUUACAAUUGACAAACAACUCUUUCCAUCUAAAGCCAGAUGGCAGAUUUAUCCAAUCAAAUAUUUGCCGAACAAAGUCCGACAAAUUUGGUAUUCACUGCACUAUAUGGGAUUUCUUUUGUAAGAAAGUAAUAAAUCAAUAUGAAAAUAUUCUAUUAUUACGUAUUUUUGAAGACCAGCCAUUUUGACUGAUUUUGGUAGAAAUAGCUUCGUCUUAACCCUCCGUUAG